AUGUCUUCAAAAGUCGUGCAAUAUAUUUUACUCUGUGCAGUAUUUUUAUAUGGGGUUGUUAAUGCAUUGAAGAUUGGUUCGUUUAAUAUCCAAAUUUUUGGUGAUUCUAAGUCCAAGAAACCUGAAGUGAUGGAAAUAAUUGGAAAGAUAUUGGUUCGUUAUGAUAUUGUUUUGAUCAUGGAAAUAAGAGACUCUAAAAAGAAAGCUAUACCUCGACUAUUAGAAACCGUCCAGUCACAUUCUGAAGGUGAUGUUUUUGAUAUGAUAAUCAGUGAAAGAAUAGGAAGAACUAACAGUAAAGAACAAUAUGCCUUCUUAUAUAGAAAAGAUAGAGGUAUUGAAGUUGUGGAUAGUUUUCUGUAUGAAGAUGGAAGUGAAGUAGAUAAGACAGAUCAGUUUGAAAGAGAACCAUUCGUCGUUAAAUUUAAAGCAUCAAAUGCAGUACCAGAUGUGUUCAGUUUGAUUGGUAUACACGUUGAUCCUGAUAUAGCUGUUCAGGAGAUCAGUGCUCUAGAAGAUGUUAUUGAUUAUACUAUGGGUAGAACUAAUACUGCUAACGUUGUGGUACUGGGUGAUCUCAAUGCUGAUUGUAGUUAUGUGUCUAAAUCUAAAAUGAAGAAGUUAGCCAUACGCCAUAGAAGUGAUUUGUAUUGGCCUAUAGGUGAUGAUGUUGACACUACAAGUGGAAAUUCGGAUUGCGCUUAUGACAGGUUUAUUAUAAGAGGAAAAGAGUUUAUAAAAAAUAUAGUAGAAGACAGUGUACAAGUAUUUGAUUAUCAGAAACACUUUGAUUUAUCUCGUGAAUUGACUUUGAAAGUGAGUGAUCAUUAUCCAAUAGAAUUAGAAUUACAGAAUCUUAACAGUCCGAGCCUUGGAACCAGUAUUGUUAGCCACAGAUUGUCUGUUACAGGAAUAUUUUUUACAUCAGUAUUUGCUGCUCGAUGUUUAUCAUUAUUCUGA